AUGGGUGUAUCCGCUAGAUUCAAAAUAUGGGUCGAUGCCUUUAAUAAUUCCAAAUGGAAAAAUCUAGGAAAUGAAGUGGCAGAGGGUGUUGGUAGUAAAUACACAAAUUUCUCACUGCAACAUGCAAUGGACAAGAUUAAUUUCCUACCUACACUAUAUUUAAAUCGAGAAUUUUUACUAUCAUUAUCGUACAAGAAUCCAUUUCUGCUCAGAAACACGUUUUUACCCCAAAAAUACUCAUAUAUACUCUUGGAUAAACAACAAGAGUCUACGGAACUAUCCGCGACUAACAACAAUUGA